AGUGGUAACACGCAUGAGAAUGCGGCUGAAGUCAGUUAGAUCGCUUUGCGGCCAGUGUGCAAGAAUUUAAAUCUCAACAGGUUGUAUUUGUACGCAUGCGCAAUAAAAAACACAAAAUCAAUACUGGCAUUAUAUUACAUCACCAUGACAACCAUUGAAAACAAAACACAAACAAACACAUUUUAGUUCAUUUUCAGCGCUGAAAAUGAGUAGAAGUGAAUUAAGUGUUGCAAGAUGGCUGGAUGCUCAUUCCGAUCACUCUGCAGGACUUGCAACUCUUCCACAAGGCGCAAUCCUGGCUGAUAUCGCUGGUGAUGGUGAACAUCGCCUUGCAUUACUCGAUAUUAAACUGGGGAAAGAUUCAAGGUCACGUUUGAAGGUUUAUAAAGGUACUCUUUUGACAGCGGACCAAACUCUACCGGAUGUACCCAGUGGAAUCAUCAGUUUCUAUACAGAUCCUAGUGAUAAUAAAUAUCCAGCUGUGGGUAUUGCUUGUGGUUUGGAUUUGUUAAUCUACAAAAACAACAAACCGUUUUUCAAGUUUGUGGUGCCAAGUUUACCGAUUUCGCCAUUGGAGGUAGACAUUUGGUCAAAACUACCUGAUCAUGUCAACCAGACUGUUGGUAAAUUAGUAGACAACUUGAAAGCUGUGCCUUAUAAUACACUAACGCCAAGGUCACAGUUAUUGGUGAAUUUACCUCCGGAACAAUAUCCGGAGUUUAUACAGAAUUUUAAGAAUUUGCCAUUGAAGAGACAGUCGCCUAUUACUUGUGUCGCUGUUUUACAACGGUCUAGUCAUGAAUUAACUACGCCUGGGUGUCCGAUUGUUGCUACUGAAGCAGGACAUGUUUAUUUUUUGGAUCCUGUAAAUUUUCAAAUUUUACAUCAGGCGAGUGUUUGUAGUACAAAAGCAUCUCCAUGUAUAAUGCGUACAGUUGGUUUUUUUGACGUGGAAUUUCGUUUGAUUAUUGCAACUAGGGAAGGUCACGUGACUCUGUUAAGACGGGGAUAUUUAGAGGGGAAGGUCCUGAUGCAUACAGUCAAAGAUAUUAUUGAUAUGCAGAUUGUCCCAGGGGAUAAUUUUAUUCUACUUGCUACUUCUGAUCAAGUUUUGACGUGCUACACUAAACGGGGUAAUAAAUUGUGGUCUUUGGAGAUGAAGAAACCAAUAACUUGUUUGUGUUUAAUUCCGUUGAAACAUCUAAGCACUUCGUUGGUGGCAGUGGGUAUGAAAGAUGGCGCUGUGCAAAUAUACAAAGGACGCCAUUUGGUUGAUCACUUCAGUGCGGCUGACACGCCAUCUGUGAUUAUUUUUGGGCGUAUGGGGCAAGAGGAACAUGUUUUAGUCAUUAUAACAAUCAGUGGAAUAUUGAAUUUGAAAAUUCUCAAACGCACGGCAGAUUUUAACCUGAACAAACAAGAUGCUAGUUUGCCAUUGAUGCAGAAUAAACCACUGCCGUUACCCAAAAGAUCUAAAUUGUUUUUGGAACAGAGUGCUAGGGAAAGACAAAAUGCAGUUGAAAUGCAUCGCAAUUUCCAGCAAGAUUUAAUUCGUCUGAGAUUGAAUGCUGCGAGGGCAAUGGCCCAUUCCCUCUCGGAUUCUACAGGAAUGGGUAAUGAGAAAGAAAUGGUCAAGGUUUCAGCGCAGGUUUUAGGUCUCGGACCAAAUUUUACGCUGGUUUUGAACUUGGAGAAUAUGAACUCUAAUAAACCUCUGCUGGAUUUAUCGAUUGUGUUUCAUGUCAGGCCUGAUUUAUAUAAAUUGUCGGAUUAUUUGAUUCCAUUGCCAUUAAUUCCUCCUGGAUUAACAUUUCGAGUGGAAACAAAAGUGGAAGAAUUGCAACCUGAAAUGGACGCCAAUGAUAAUACGAAUGUGCAAUUGGAGAAGGACGGUCAAAGUUUACAGCAUGUCAAAGUAUUUUGUGUCCGUAAGGAUCAAAUUGCGCCUAUUAUUGCUGCGACUAUUAAUAUGCCACCUACAGAUAUUACUAUACCUGUUUUGUAAUUAUCUAGAUAUCUCAUGUAUCUAUAACUGCAAAUUACAAGAGGACGCAAUAAUGCAUUAUUUAUAGGGCAAUAAUAAUAAAUAUAUAACUAUAA